CUUGACCAGAGAGGCGUAGCCACUGAUGUGUCUCCGGAGGUAGCCACAGAGGCCCAGAAACACUCUCACCUCUUUUACGCUCGUCGGCGUUUUCCACUCCUGCACGAUGCGAAUCUUUUCAGGGUCGCAUUCGAUGCCUGCCGCGCUGAUUUUGAAUCCCAAGAACUGCACCUCCCGCUGGCAGAGCCUGAGUUUCCUCAGCGAGAGCGUGAGGCCUGCUCGGUGCAGCGCUGCCAGCACACGUUCCAGGUUGUCCCUCAUCUCAGGGAGAUCCUUGGACAGAAUCAAGAUGUCAUCAAAAUAUUGCACGUAGAUCUCGGGUGGCACACCUGCCAGGACCAGAGAUAGGGCACGGUUGAACGUGUGGGGCAGGCCACAGAGACCGUACGGUGCCGUCACAUACCGGUACAAGCCAAACUCAGUGGCGAUCGUUGUCUUUUCUCUGUCAGCCUCCUGGACAGGGAUCUGGUGGUAAGCCUGAACAAGGUCAAUGGAGGUGAACCACACUGCCCCACUCAGCUUCUGCAAGCUUGAGUCAAUCCUCGGGAUCACCUGCACUGAGGGUGUCGUUACCUUGUUGACCUUUCUGAAAUCACCACAUAUUCGAAUCUGGCCGCCAUGUGGUCGUUUGACGAGAACCAGAGGGCUGGCCCACUGGGACUGUGCGACAGGCUCGAUGACUCCAUCCUCCACCAACUCAUCCAGCUGCUCUCUCACAAGUCCAGUCAGGUGCCCUGGGGUGGGUCGGGGGUUCUGGAAUACUGGCCUGUUGUCACCUGUCGGAAUUGUGUGUUGGGUAACUGUGGUGCGCCCUAGCCCUGAGAACAAAUCCUGAUAUUUCAAGAGGAGAUUCCUAAAUUUUGACUUUUCCGGUUCAUCUAUAUGAGUUACAGACUCCUCCACUGUGGUGGCUGAAGGCUCAUCUACAUCAAUCAUGAAGGCACUUUCAUCACACUGUUCAAAAUCUCCCACAUGAGUGUCCUUAUACACAGUCACAUCCUGGUCUGUGGCAUUGGACAUACGCACUGGCACUGUGUUGUCGUGAAGCUGCACUGCCAGGCGUGCCACACACAGCUCUGUUCUGCUCACAAAUCCUGCAUCACUGUCUACUACACCAAACACAUCUGAACACACAUCAGGUACACUACAGGGACACUGGUUAUUCAAAACAACUUUGCCAGGCAGGAUGACCUCACUGCCUGCCUGCACUACAAUAGUUUCCGACACCAUCACACGACCUACCCGCAGGGUGCUAGUACUACCCAUGUUCCCCUGAGUCUCUAGCUCGAUACUGUCUCCCUGAAUGAUGAUUGUUCCUUGGGACAUGUCUACCACAGCCUUAGCCUCCCACAAUACAUCUAUUCCCAGGAGACAGGGUUCACACAACGUAUUCGCAACCAACACACAAACACUUUUCUUAAAACUACCAAUUUCGCACGUGAGAACCACCUUACCUAUUAUAUUUGAACAAUGGGCGUUGUCAGCCAGUCUGACACUUUUCCCCAUGGGAAGUAGGCGAAUGUCCUCUGGCAACUGGUCCCGUCUCACUAUCGUGCAAUCUGCCCCAGUGUCCACCAGUGCCGAGCAUCUCUCACCAUUCAGUUUAACCUGUACAUACCGGCCUGGUUGAUGAGGUGAAGGUGAUUUCACUUCUGGGGAGCUGCCUGCUGUCCCGCCCCGGCUGGAGGUGGCUGCCUCCAGUGCCGACCUACCAGACCCACCAGGGACUGGGGGCGCCGAUGAAGUACGGAAGUUGUCAGCGCACUGGACAGGCCCGUAUCGGGUGGUUGAAAAGCUCCGCAACUGGACUUACCGUAUCACCAAAGAGGGCGGAUCAGCGGAGGUCACCGUCCACCACAACAGGUUGAAACCCUGUCACUCGGAUCCGGAGAAGCCUCGGGCAGCCGCCCCCGCUCCUCCCAGGGCCCCAGUAGGUGGACCACUGACGGCUGCUCCCGUCCCUCCCAGGCUCAUGGUGGGCGAACGAGCCGCGGUGGAUCAGCCGCGUAGCCCUCCAGGCGUGGACGGAGACAGCUCUCGUCUCACACAGAGUGCCGUCGGCUCGCCGCUGGUGAGGUUACCAGCCGAGUCAGGAGAAGGCGGUACCGAGACAAGAGAAAGUCCCGCUCGCCAAGCUCCGGAGAGUGUUGGCUCAUCGCGGGCGAGGUUGCCCGCUGAUGCCGGCGACGUUACAGCCGGCGAGGAAAAUUCCAGAUCAGGGUGCCCGGCGAGAGAGAGGUCGCCUGUCCAGCUAAAUGACACGGGUUCUGGGACUCAGGAUGAAGGAGAGGGAGUCUCCCCACAGAGACAGACACCCAGGGGUCACAGUCGGUCAGGCCGGACGCUCAGACAGCCGACCCACCUGCGAGAUUUUGUCACAGAAUAUGUUAAGUGUUAGAGCAAUAGUGACGGUGUAUGUCACUUCGUGUGUCUGUCCUGUUGCCUCUUUAUGACUUCGUUUGUUCGUCGCAGGGUUCUGGAAUGGCAUAACGAUGGAUUUACCGCUGUAGGCUACACUUAGGUUUUUGAGCUCCGAACCUAGGCGUGGCACACUUUGGUAAAACGGGCAGUGCCAGCGGGCUGAUGUGUGUCAUCCCCCGCCUUUAGGUCGUUUGUAAUAACCAUGCCUCCGUUCGAAUGUCGCAUUCAGUGGUAACCAGUAGGACAAUGUCAUGUUUGUGUGUGUGUGCGUGUUUGUUAGUGCCACAUAGUGACGGCGUAGCGUGCGAUGUUCAUGUGUCACCCCUUCCGCCAGUGGACCCCUCAGGUUCCACCUUAAUGUAUAGUUUCCGAGGCGGAAACUUUCGCCGGCGGGGGUACUGUGGCGGGUGCGCCGCCACAAUUUAGUCGCGGUAUCCUUUUCCGUCCAAGUCGGGCGGUGGCGCAGGACGCGCCACAAACGUAGAUGUAAGACAAAGGAUCCGCCCCGUGUGUGGGACGCGUGCAGAGAGGCGUGCCGGGUUGUGCCGCUGAGUGCCACGAGUGUCCCGCGUACAAGAAUAAAGAUACACCGUUUGGCUGAGUUAUCAAUUAUGGGUUGACGUGACGCUACCGAGAGAACCCGCAACAGCCUUAUUAUGAAGUUUGGCUUCUUUGCAUAUGAAAACACGUGUGGCCAUGUGGAGUGCGGACGGCGCCGGCGGCGACUCUGCCGACUGGGAGCUGAGCAAGGAGAAUGUGCAGCCGCUGCGCCAGGGCCGCCGGCUAGACGUGCUGAACAGCUCGCUCCAGCCGGCAGCGGACGACCAGGUGGCGCAGAAGGUCGCCGAGCAGCGCAGGUCGUUUGAGCUGGAGAUCCGUACGUACACGGGCGACGACCCCCUGUCCCCCUGGCACCGCUAUGUGCUCUGGAUGGAGCAGCACUGCCCUCGCGGCGGACACGAGGGUAACCUGGACGGCCUGCUCACGCAGUGCAUCGCCCGCUUCACGGCCGAGAAACGCUACCACCAGGACCCGCGCUUCGUGGCGCUCAUCAUCAAACAGGCUCUGAGCACCCAGGAGUCGCUACCCAUGUUCAGGAAUAUGUUCAACCGCGAGAUCGGCACGAAGCUGACCAUGUUCUACCGCGCGUGGUCGGCCCAGCUGGAGCUGGCAGGUAAGAUGCUCCAGGCCGACUUGGUGCUGGCCGAGGGUGAGCGGCUCGGCGCCGAGCCGGCCGAUGAGCUCGCCGAGGCGCGGCGCAAGCUGCAGACCCGCGUGGCCAGCGCUCUGGCAGCCGGACAGCUGCCGGCGCAGACGGCACAGGUCGCCCAGAUCGGCCGCAGCGCAGCCGACGAGCGACACGCGCUCGGCGCACUCCGAGGCUCCGCUGACGGCAUGGUGCCGCGGCAGCGGGUCGGCGCGGUGCAGGCCGGCGGGCCGGGCACCCUGCCCAUGGCGGCGCCGGCCGCCCAUCAGCCGCGCCACAACCAGCGCCUCAAGGUGUUUGUCGACGAGAACGCGCCGCAGACGGCCGUGCCGGCGCCGGCUCCUCACGGCACGACCACUGAGCUGCCCACCGGGCGAGCCAUGCAUAAGGAGAACGUGCGCAAGGCGGGCCCGUGGGGAGCGCCGCAGAAGGCCUCCAAACGGCCGACUCCGCCGGGCGGCCCGGCAGCGCCUGCCUUUAGAGUGUUCGAGGACAGCGGGGCGGGCGCGGCCACUGGCAGUCCCAUCACCAUCAAGCAGGGCGCGCUGGCGACCCGCGCCGCCCCCGCCCCCGCCCCCGCCCCGGCCGGCGGCCUGGACAACAUUCCCGUGGCGCACUUUGAGCCGCCCAAUGACAAAGUGAAGGUCAUGUACAACAAGGAGCUGAUUUAUACUGGUGCUAGCGAGGUGUCCUUUGAGGAGCUGAGGGCGGCCAGGUGGAAAAAGGACAACAAACUGCUGCUGGAGCAGCGCCGUAUGCACGAGGAGAUGAACCGUCAGAUGCAGGAGAUGAUGCGCCGAAACUCUGAGCUGGAGCGGCAGGUGCUGGAGCUGCGCGCCCGGCCGGCACCGGCGCCGGCUUCGUCGCUACACGGCUCGCUGGGCCUCUCCAACGUCAGCGGAGGCUCGUCCAGUCUCGGAGGAGGACACAGCAACCUGUCGGGCUCGACGGUACUGGCCUCUCCGACGGUCAACACCCGCGACGCGAUGAACUACGUGCGCGAGGUCAUGAACAGGACCGUGGACACGUCCGUGCAGCUGCCGAUGCGUCACGGAACAGUGCCGGCCGCUCCACCGUUCACUGUCUACGAGGAGCCCGAGUCGAUGGUGGAGCGUCCGGCGGCCCCCGCCCCCGCCCCCUUCUCCAUCUACGAGGAGCCCGAGGCCGGAGCCGCGCCGGCCGCCCAGAAGGCGCCGCCCGCCGCCGCCGCCGCACCAUUCGCCGUGUACGAGGACGACGCCUGCGCCCGGCCGGCCGCCGACGGCGACGACGACGACUCGGACCGGGAGAACCGUCCCCCGGUCGACUGUCCGCCGCCGCCGCCGCGUCGCCGGCCGCCGCACGUCCUCGUCGACGCCGUGGACAUCCCGACCGAGCCACUGGGUGCCGAGGAGCCGGACCCCGCCCCCGGCCACGGCGCUCCGCCGGCGCGCCGGCCGCUCCAGUUUGACGACGAACUAACCGGCUUCGUGCCCCUGACGGAUGAUGUGACGAUCGCCGCCGGAGACCUGUCGCAUUUCGCGGCGGCCGCCGGCCGCGUCGCCUCGACACCGUUCGCGCCGCCGCAGCCGCCCUCGCCGGUCGGUGGGCGUGCCAGGCAGACGGAGGAAGACAGCGACUUCACGGCCAACCUGAGAAAUGUGCGUAUCGGACGUAAUGCGCAGGAGCGCUGGGCCUCGGAGCGGGUGCUGCCCUCGGAGGGCGUCCAGCAGCUGACGCCAAUUAUGGAGCGCUCACACGAUCAGCGCUCGUCGAGCGCCAGCGGCAGCAGCGGCUCGGAUAUGUCGCGUCAGUCGCGCGGCGACGUCUCGGCGCCGAUGGGCGGUCAGCAGUGGCGCCAGCGGCUGCCGUCGGGCGCCGACCGGUCGCAGCACCAGCAGUCGGGCCGCGCGCCGCCGCCGCCCCAGCUGACUCAGAGCUCCGGCUACCUGGGCGACCGGUCGUGCUCGGUGCGUCCGGCCUCGGCGGUCGGCGGGGCGGUAAUCGACUGCAGCAUGUCGCGCCGGCCGGAUUCGGCCGACGCCAGCGGUCUGCAGGCGCCGGACGUCAGCAUGGCCGCGCCGGCCGUCUCGCCCAACAGGAGCGCGCUCCGGCCGGCAGAGCUGAGCGAGAAGGCCGCCGAGCUCAGCCUGGCGCCGGCCGCCGAGCUCAGUCACAUCCAGACGCCGGAGCUGGCGCCGGCUCAGCCGCCCGCUGAACUCAGCGGCUUCCAGGCGCCGGAGGAGCUCGGGCCGACCCAGCCGCCCGCCGAGUUCAGCGCCCUCCCAGUACCGGCGGCUGAGCUCAGUGAGUUCCAGCCCCCGGCAGAGCUGAGCGGGUUUCAGCCCCCAGCGGAUCUGAGCGAGUUCCAGCCCCCAGCGGAUCUGAGCGACCCCCAGCCACCCCCGGCGGCCGAGCUCUCAGCUCUGACGCUGACGGAGACUCCGGCGCCGGCGGUACCCGAACAUCCCGACCCCUGGGACUCCACGCUGCAAGAGGACCUGCUGAAGAGCCUGUCGCGACCCGUCCACACCAGACGCUGCUACAAGAAACUGGCGGGCAAACUGCCCAACUUCUCGCGCAAGGAGAUCGAGAUUGACGGCCAGCGGCUGGCGGUUACCCUGAUUGGCGAGGGAGCGUACGCUCGCGUCUACCACGCCAUCGACCGCGAGACGGGCACCGCGCACUGUUUGAAGGUGCAACAGGACGGCGGCGACUGGGAGUUCUACGUGAUCGACGAGCUGCACGAGCGGCUGGCCCGCGACGCGGCAGAGAAUCCGUUCCUGAUGUCCGUGGACCGGAUGGUGGCGUUCGAUAACGGCAGCGUGCUGAGAUCGGACUACCAGAGGGCGGGCACGCUGCUCAACGCCUUCAACAAGGUCUCGGCCAUGUAUGGCAAGUUUGACGAGGGCAUGGUGAUGCUGUUCACCGCCGAAAUGCUGGGCGCAGUGUCAGCUGUGCACAGCGCCGGCCUUAUCCAUGGCGACAUCAAACCGGAUAACUUCCUGCUGCGUGGCGGUGAACUGGAGGACGUCGGCCACCUGCUGUCCCAGCUGAGCAGCGCCCAUCAGCCGCAGCUGCUGCAGCUCAUCGACUUUGGACGGGCCAUCGACAUGACCCUUCUGCCGCCUGGCACGACGUUCACGCGCGUGGUGACCACGGACGACUUCACGUGCCCGGAGAUGAAGGAGGGCCGCGAGUGGACUUUUCAGACGGACCUGUUUGGCGUGGCCGCGUCAGCGCACGUUCUGCUGUUCGGCAGCUACCUGAAGCUGCGUCGCCGGCCGGCUCCGGAUGGGCCGUGGUCUGUCAGCGGCACCAUAAGACGGUUCUGGUCGCCGGUGUGGGGCGAGUUCUUCUCUACCUUCCUCAACAUCCCGUCGUGCUCUGAGCUGCCGGACCUAUCCGCGUGGCGGCGGCGCUUCCUGGACCUGGCGCUCUCCAAGCAGCUGGACAAAGCGCUGCACAGUCUCAUGGUGGCCAUCAAACAGCCCUGAGCUGCUCGUCGAGCCGUGAGUGGUACCGCACUGGGCGGCGGCGGUUCUGUGUUUGUGCCUUUGCUGUAGAGCCGUGGAGUGCUGGACUCGGUGUGUGAGUGAGGGGUGAACCUGCUGGAACACGCAAGCGUCCCUGGCUCGUCUGGGGAGUGACAGAGCUGAAUGGAGGUGGAAUGGGGUGUGCGACGGCGUGACCACUGUCGAAGUGUUCACCGUGUGAGAGUGAGUGGCUGGGUACGAGAGGCGUGGUCCCGCCUGGCGUCUGUGCACCAACCCCUGUUUAACAGUUGACUCGUGAGUGUGUGGAACUGGCUCCCUCCCACGCCGGUCGACCCCGUGGGUCUCCGGUCAGCGGCCCUUUUCAUGCCGCGUCUUCUUGGCGUUAUGUAGUGCGCCAGUCUGUCGUUUUCCCGAGGGGAGAGACUUCUCUCGCUGAAGCGCGCAUACGAUCGAACGACCGUCGUCCCGGUCCCGGCGAAUGGACGGUGCUCGCAGCCGUGUGUGGCGCCUGUGUAUAUAGUGGUGUGCGCAGAAAGCUUCGGCGUGCCUAAAUGUUUAUCACAUUUGAUCGUUCAUUGAGUUCAGAAAUCUAUUUUAUCUUGUCGGCUUGUCUUUAACUCAUUAAAUAGUCUUAUAGAUAAGUUUUCAAAAUUUGCUAACAUUUCUCGCUCGUUGGCGCGCGCUUCUUUUAACCAUUCAUGUGUGGUGAUCUCUGGUCGUGUGUUUCGUUGUGCUGCUCAUCAGUCCAACAUUGUGUGUCGGUCACCUCGUUCGUCUCGCCACGACCCGUGCCUAGACCGUCUCCCCAGCGCUGCCCAACGGCAGUGCGGCGGGCGGGACGGUCACUGCUGUUACUGCCACAAGUGCCGACUGAAACCUCAUCUGAUACAUACUGUCAACGGAAGAGAUUAUAACGAGAUUGCCGGGGACCAACAAUAAACGAUGCGCUAAAUUCGA